CACCAUGAAGGCCAUUGUCUUCCUCGCCCUCGCCUCCGCCGUCGUGGCCCGCCCUCAGUACGGCUACAGUCCCGCCCCUGCGUACAGGCCCACGCCCACUUAUGCUCCGGCUCCUGCGUACAGGCCGGCUCCCUCGUAUCAGGUUCCAGCUCAGUACAACUUCGACUGGGCUGUUGUUGACGACUAUUCCGGUAAUAACUACGGCCACCAGGAGUCCCGCGACGGCUACAACACACAGGGAUCCUACUACGUGCAGCUCCCCGACGGUCGCCUGCAGAAGGUCACCUACUACGUGGACGGCGACUCAGGCUACGUGGCUGAGGUCACCUACGAGGGACAGGCUCAGUACCCGGCCUAUCAGCCGGCACCUUCUUACAGACCUGCUCCGACCUACACACCUGCACCCGUGUAUGGAUAAUAUUUUUUCCUCGGAUGUGCAAUAGAUAUGGAUAUAUAUAUUUUAUAAAUAGAUUACAAACUUGAUA